CCUUGCUCUUGCAAUUUUAAGCUCCUCCGCCCGGAAUUCUUAGUUUAUUCAGAUCGUAUACCCUUUAAUCUCUCAAUUUUUAAUUCAUUUAUUUUUUUUUUUAGAAUUUUUCAAGGAAGGAAAGAAAAAGAUUCUCGUGGCGGAUUCCCCCACCACUAGCUGGUCUCAUAGUUUUUGGGUUCUUCUCCAACAAAUACUUGUUUUUUCCCUUUUUCUUUCUUCUGGAAAUUUUUUUCUCUUGUUCUCAGGGCAAGCUUGGUGAGAGUGAAGAAUUAUUCAGUUUUUUUUCUUGUAAAGUUUGGUUUUUAAAGGAGAGACGUGGUAUUCGGAAGCUGGGGUUUUGGUGAUUGAAGGGGAUUGGGCCACAAUUAAAUCGGGCUCACUUGUGUUAUAAUUUUGCUUUGUUUAUGAUUUAGCUCUGUUGGCCUCUUGUGUCACUUCUCAGUAUGAACAACCAAUUCGGUGAAGAUCAAGAUGAAGCAACUGUUAUGGGGUUUGAAGUACCAAAAUCACCUGAUUCAAGUUAUAAUAAUGUGUACCCUGGGAAUGAAGAUGAUGCACGUGACCCGCCAGUUGUCCCUGCACACCUGCAUCGUACAUUGCUUAGCUACCCCACAAGCAUGAAUGCUUCUGGGAAUCUUCCUUUGCCAGAAAAUGUGAUUCUAAAUCAUCUUUACAUUGAAAACCGAGAGGCACCAAGAUCUGUAGUGGCACUUGGGUUCACUCACCGCUUCCGUUCGAAGUAUGUUACUGUUGUGCUAUACAAACCAGUUCCAAGAAGGGGUAGUGCCAGUACGUAAAGCAUAUGAAUAGAGAAUAUACCUUCACUUUGGGUUGGUUGGUUUGCACUUGUGAGGGAAUUAGUUUCUAUAGACUCAAAUACGGAAUUAGCAGAAAUGAUAUUUAUUUGUUUCACAACAGUUGAUGACUUGGGGGGUUGCUUAUUGAACCCGAAAGUUAACAUUUGACUUGAAAUAUCAGUUAUGUUAUGAGGGGUAGAGUUGCUAUACAUAUAAAGCUUUCUCGUUAUUCUUUUUAAUCAGUAUUUGUGGCAUCUUGAGCUUGUUUGCUUCCUAGGUACUGUAAACCAAACUUAAAGCUCUUGUAUUUGUUGGCAUUGGAUCGUUUCAUUUUGAUGGGCAUGCCUGGCAUCAGGUAGCUUUAUGUUA